UUGAGGAAGAAGCCACUUCUCCGAGCUGCUCGGAGAUAGUACCACAGAAGCACAGCGCGUUUUCUCUUUAGCAUCGCCUACUUCAAAUGCAUCUGUGUUUCUUUUCUCUUACCAGCCGAGCGUAGUUUGUGAGAUGCAUGGACUGAAUUUGGCUCCUUAAACCGCUGUCUGGUUGGCGAUUUCUCUGACUGUCUUGCUUUUCUCAAUCUCGUCUGAUUACGGACAGGAGAUGGCUUCUUUCUUGACCCUGUCUCUCGCUCUUCUAAUCCUCGCGGUGACAACUGCUGAUGGUGCUGAUGCUGAAGAACGGCUGGUGAAUAGCCUGUUGGGUCCAGAUCGAUACAACAAGCUCAUCAGGCCUGCAGUAAAUAGAAGCCAGUUAGUAACUAUAGCGAUUCAAGUAUCGCUUUCACAGCUCAUAAGUGUGAAUGAAAGGGAACAGAUCAUGACAACAAAUGUCUGGCUCACCCAGGAGUGGAAUGAUUAUCGCUUGAUGUGGGAUCCCCAGGAGUAUGAAGGCAUUAAGAAACUCAGAAUCCCUUCACAACACAUCUGGCUACCUGAUAUCAUCCUAUAUAAUAAUGCUGAUGGAAACUAUGAAGUCUCCUUUUAUUGCAACGCAGUCGUAUCUAACAACGGUGAUGUUUUUUGGCUUCCCCCGGCCAUCUAUAAGAGUGCAUGCAAGAUUGAAGUCAAACAUUUUCCUUUUGAUCAACAAAACUGCACAAUGAAGUUCUGUUCCUGGACCUAUGAUCAUACUGAAAUUGACCUGGUUUUAACAAGUGAUUUUGCAAGCAGAGAUGACUUCACCCCUAGUGGAGAAUGGGACAUUGUUUCUCUACCAGGGAGAAAAAAUGAAAACCCUGAAGACCCAACGUAUGUGGACAUUACUUAUGAUUUCAUUAUUAAGAGAAAGCCACUGUUCUAUACCAUCAACUUGAUUAUUCCUUGUGUGCUUAUAACUUCGCUGGCAAUUUUGGUAUUUUAUCUUCCAUCAGACUGUGGUGAAAAAAUGACACUAUGCAUUUCAGUCCUUCUUGCUUUAACUGUAUUUUUGCUGCUAAUCUCAAAGAUUGUUCCACCAACAUCACUGGAUGUCCCACUGAUAGGUAAAUACCUGAUGUUUACCAUGGUCCUGGUGACUUUUUCCAUUGUCACUAGUGUCUGUGUGCUGAACAUUCAUCAUCGGUCACCGAGCACUCAUACAAUGCCGCAGUGGGUAAAGAGAGUGUUUAUAGAAAAGCUACCAUCUUUAUUAUUCAUGAAGAGGCCAGACAAUACAAAUAUACGAGAGAGAAUGCGUAGAAAGCAACGGAAAUCUUACUCUGAUCUUAAAGUAGACAAAAGUGAUGGUGAGUCGUUCUAUGUCAAUGAAGAGUCUGCCAAGAAGUAUGGCUGGAAAAUAAGUGACAUACCUGAUAACACAGAGUUCAGGAAGAGAAUGACCAUUAAGUGCAACCCUGGUGUCGAGGAGGCUGUUGAGGGGGUGCGGUUUAUUGCUGAACACAUGAAAACCGAGGAUGAUGAUCAAAGUAUAAUUGAGGACUGGAAAUAUGUUGCCAUGGUUAUUGAUCGUCUUUUCUUAUGGAUAUUUGUUUUUGUCUGCGUGGUUGGAACAGUUGGACUUUUUCUUCAGCCUUUGUUUCAGAACUACACCCCAAGUAUGGCUGAUGGCGAGUAAUUGCUCCAUGUAUUGACAUAAUGCAACCAGAUACCAAUUGUAAAGUUUACAAAAAGGUCACAUGCUCAGAAGCAACUCAGGACUUCUUCUGAUGGCACUAUAUUAUUAUCUUUUUUUUUUUUUUUUCAAAUAACAAAAUACAUUUUUUUUUUUAAUUUAAUCACAAUUUUCUGAUUAUAUAAAUAAUAAACUGUAUGGUUUGCCUAGCAUGUCAAGGUAUAGUUUUUUUUUUUUGAAUAAUUUUUUUAGCAAAGUGAGAAAUCAGUUAGCUAUUAAUUCUUGAAAAGUUGCUUGCUAAGGCUAAAGAAACACUGCAAAGAUGGUGAUAAGACAACUAAAGAGACUUUACAUCCAUGUGGUUUGCAUAGACCAUAUUUGUACUGGGGUAAAAUGUGUUAUUUGCCUGAAGUUCAGUAGCAACUUAUUAUUGCAAAUAGGUAUAAGGGAAGCUUGGACAUACUGAUCCACAAGCAAAUAUAAUUCCUCAAACAUCUGACUCAAAAGUAAUGUUUUUUUUUUAUUUCAUUCUGCUGUGUCAGAGAUAAGUACAUUGCCAUUUUGUUCCAGGAGAUUGGAUUUGUAAGGAUUUUUUUAAAAGGGUAAUGUAGUCACAAGACAAAUAUGGCAAUACAUGAAGAUAGAGUCUGUUAACUCUGAAAAGCAACAUUUAAUAUUUGUGGCUUCCUAUAUUGUAUCAUGUGAAGUGUGUCCAGAUUGCAUUAAAGUUAGCACAGGAAAAGUAAUGCCACCAGGGUCAUAGUGAUACUUCUAAUUUAGUUUUUUUUUUUUUUUUAAUUGCUAAAAAAACCCAAAAAAACUGAAGCACAUGAAAACAUUUUAUAAGAUAGUUUAAUGAUGAAUGUAGGUAUAAGACAUCAACAUGUAUUAUGUCCAUGCAUGGCUGAUCAGGUCUACAGUACCUGUUUUACUGGUAUAUGACAGAUUAUUUAGAAAUCUGUGAUAGGGUUAGUUAAAGAUCUUGCAGCAAUCUGUGAGGGGAACAGAACAUACAGAACUCCACAGAACGCAUGGUGGGGGUGUUUCUUCACAAGCAGAGCUUUGACUAUAUUAUUUCUAUUUUGUUGUUAAAAAUAUAUGAUUGUCUAAUAACAUUUGUACAUUUAAUGUCCAAUACACCAGACUACAAGGUGCAUUUCCAUUAAGAAAACAAAAAUCUACGCUUUUUCAGUGUAGCCUUAAAUGAAAUUGUUGCAACAUAACUAUAUAAAAUGUUUAAUGAGCAAGACAGCAAUCUUUAAAAUGUGAGUAAAAUAUAUAUAAAAAAGAUGUGCUCUUAGGACAAAGAUAUUAGUUUGUCUUUUGUUUAAAUAAAAUAUGUUACUUCUGUUUCACUGUGUAGUUAACCUGAUUGCUUUAAAAACUUGGUUUGCCUCAAUGCAAUGCAGUAAAUAGCUUUUCAUCCAGUGUCUUCUUAUUUAUUUAAAAAAGUUCACUAAAUGUCAUAUUGUAAUGCAGUACAAUAUAUGGGAAGUGUGAUAGAUUUGCAAGUCAAAAAACUUUUUAGCACAACUUAUAUUCCAGCUUUGCUCAAGUGGGUGUAUAGUGUCACCAGAACUCAAUAAAAUGACUGCCUUAUUUGCAGUAGGGUGUACUUUAUUCCUUAUUAUAAAAGAGAUUGUUAGAAUGCUGCAUGCUGAUUGGCCCUUUAGUGUUCCAAGCCGUUACAAUAUCCAGCACAAUGUCACGAUUAGGAACUACUUAGGAACAAAGGCAAAUCACUGCUCCACCAAAUCAAAGAAAACACCUGUCAAAAUACCUGCUGUCAUGGAAGAUACUGAAGAUCACUUUUGAACUGUUUGCGCCCAUGACAAUUGAUGAAUGGUUACAAAAUGAAGCUGCAUCAAUUCAAAAAAGCAACUCUCUCGAAACUGAAGAAAAGAAUACGUUGACAAGUCAUGCUGAGGUACAAAAAUGUAACCUUGAAGUGCUAAAAACAAACAAAUUGGGCUGUUAAAUGCUUCAAUGACUGGCUUUCUGAAACAAAUAUACAAUUUGACUUUAAAUUAAUUACAAAAGAACAGUUAAAUAAUAUCCUUAGAGAUUUCUACAGCACAGUCGGGAAUUGUAAAGGUGAGCAAUACAGAAAUAACAGCUGUGCUGGGCUCCGUGCCACCAUCCCCCCCACACCCGCCGCUAUGUUUAUGCUGGAGUUUAAUGAGUGACACAGAAUUCACAACUUCAAAUAAUGUGUUUGUGGGUACAGUUAAAAAACGGAGACAAGAAGCCUGGGAUAAAACACAACAUCACCACACAAUAACGGAAAGAGACAUUCACAUUAUUUGAUAUUCUGAUGCCCUGGUCUUGUCAGUAAAGUUUGGUUCGACAUCCAGUUACAUUUCGGAUGCAGAGGAAAGAAUGGAAACAGACAACUAUAAGCUGACUCGUUUGUUAUAGAAAAAGAUGAAAACAAAGCUAAGUAUGCCACUAUGACCUUUAAUGAAAAUACAAAAAAUCCUUACCCGGAAGUCCGGAAGCUGCUUGUGCCCAGUAGCUUCACUGGAGAAGUACUUAUUAAAAUUCUAGAAAAUCUGCCUGCCUUUUAUCUUCAUCCCAACAAAUACCUUAAACUUGGUAUUCUGUGACAGAGAGAAAAUGAACCUUGGUUAUAAAUCUCCCUCCCGACCUGUGAGGGCGCUGUGGAAAAGGAACAGAGUGCCCCAGACUGGAAGGACUGACAAUUCAUUCCAGGGAAAGUUGGAAAUCGGCCAUCUGGAAAGGGGGCGGAGCCACAGUACACUAAGUCAUCGUCCCAGAUGGGAAGCAAUGUGGCGAUCGUGGAUUGGAGAAAGUGAUUGCACACGUUAACCAAGGGGGCGUGAAUGACGGUACUUAAGGGGACGUGGCCAAGUGUUCUGCUCCUUUGUUGUGGUUAUGGACAUACCCAAAGGACCGUGAAUUAUACCGUGAGUGUUUUUUUGUUUUUGUCGUGUCUAAUUAUUGCUCGUUUGUUAUUGUUAGACGGCUCAACACGUACCGAGAGCUGUCGCUAAAGGCAAACACAAACCUGGACAACACUGCACUAUUGUUCACCUAAUAAAUUGUAUUUCACCACUUGCAUGUUAGCUUUAGACUUGUGACUGUGUUGUGUUUUGUGUGUGUUUAUACUGUGUUUAUUAUUUAGGGACUGAACCCCCUGGGUUAUACUGUGUAGUACACGUUGUUGUGUACUACCAUUCAUUAUUAUUUACAGUUGUUAAGUGACUUUGGAUUAUAAAUAAACACCACUGCACCUGGA